AUGCUCUCGCUUCUGCUUUUCGUUUUGUUUUUGAUCGGCGGUACAUCAGCUGCCUCAUGCAUCGACUGUAUCUGUCAACAUGAAUCGGGUUGUGCUCCGAUUGGCUGUGAAAUGGAUUUGGGAUCGUUGUCGUGUGGAUACUUUCAGAUCAAGCUCCCCUAUUAUCAAGACUGUGGAAAGCCCGGGCAGAGAAAUGGGGAAUCGGAUGAGGAUGCUUGGAAGAGGAUUCACAAUGGAGGACCCUACGGCUGCUCGGAUACUCGCACCGAUGUCUACUGGGCUUGGGUGAAGAAUUGCUGUGGUUGCUCG